UUUAGAUUUUGUCAAAAUUUGAUGUUUAUAAUAUAUAAUAUUUUUCACAAUUUAAUAAAUUUUAUAAUGAAUAAACUUAAGCCAACACAAAAAGAUAAAGUGAGAAAAUUUAUUUCAUUAACUCAGACGGGCGAACAAACUGCAAUAUUUUGUUUAGCUCACAAUGACUGGAAGUUAGAUUUGGCCAGUGAUAAUUAUUUUCAAAAUUCUGAUUUUUAUUAUCGGGAACUAGAUCGCAAAAAAAUCGAUGCAUUAUUCAAUCGAUACAGAGAUUCUUGUGAUCCAUCAAAAAUCAAUUUUGAAGGUGUUAUUCGAUUUUUAGAAGACUUGCAAUUAAGUCCCGACUCCAAAUUAGUAUUAAUAAUUGCAUGGAAAUUUCGAGCGGAAACUCAAUGUGAAUUCUCCAAAGACGAGUUUGUUAAUGGCUUAAGUGUUUUAGGUGUAGAUAGCAUAGAAAAAUUAAAAGCAAAAUUACCGUCUUUGGAAAAUGAAUUAAAUGAUCAAUCUAAAUUCAAAGACUUUUAUCAAUUUACUUUUAACUAUGCUAAAGACUCUGGCCAAAAGGGUUUAGAUUUAGAAAUGGCAAUUGAAUAUUGGAAAAUAGUUUUACAAGGACGUUUCAAGUUUUUAGACUUAUGGUGUAAAUUUUUGACGGAGAAACACAGGCGAUCGAUCCCGAAAGAUACAUGGAACUUAUUGUUAGAUUUUGCUUCUCAUAUCGAUGAUAAUAUGUCAAAUUAUGAUUCUGAAGGAGCGUGGCCUGUACUUAUUGAUGAUUUUGUUGAAUGGUGUCAAGAGAAUAAUUUUAUCAAACAGAGGAAUAUGACUUCAACUAAUUUUCAAACAUCUCAUAGUACAAAUAUGAAUUAUGGUUAGUAAAAGUCUAGAAAAAAUUUUUAUUUUUAAUUCUAUGAGAUGUUUGGAGAUACAAAAUUGAAAUAUAUUAUUUACUUUUUCGGUUGAAUAAUAUGUAAUUGAUAAUGAUUUUUGGUUGUUAACUCUAUUUUAUCUGUAAAAAUAUUCUCUUUUAAAUAAUAAAUGAAUUCAAUUAU